AUGCCGCCUCCGCAGCAGCAGCAGCAGCAGCAGCAGCAGCAGCAGCCGCCAAGCCUGUCGCUCUCCACGUCCAACCCGUCGCCCGCCCACCCGGACGAGCCCAUCCCCCCUCCCCCCGUCUCUCCCCUCACGCCCACCCUCCCCCCGGCCCGCCUCCCAGACGCGACGCCCCAGCAGCCGCUCCCCUCGCCCCUCGCCCGGCCCUUCUUGACGCACUCGUCCCAGCCCGACGCCGUCGCUGCCGUCGCGCCCCCGCCGCCCACCCUCAUCGACUUCGACUCCAACCCGGACGCCAUAGCCCUCCGCUCCGCCAUCUCCGUCCUGCAGGUCCAGAAGAAGCGCGCCGUCGCCGACGUUCAGGCCCUCGGCAAGGCCAGGGAUGCCGCCCUCGACGACCCCGACGCCUUUGUGCGCGACCUAGCCGCCGGCAAAGUGAAUGCGCCGGGCGAGGCACCCAAGGAAUGGUCCUCUCUCCCGCAGCCCCAAGACGUUGUCCGCUGCCCGCCCAUCAACUGGGCCCAGUAUGCCGUCGUCGGCUCCUCUCUCGACAAGCUCCACGCCGACCAAGUCUCCCACCCGACACAGGGCACUCCGGCCUCCAUCGCCGCAAACGGCACCUACGAGUUCAAGGGCGACGGCAAGCGGGACAAGUAUCCCGGCGUCGCGGCGCCCUAUGCACCGACCAAGGACCGCAUCGAACGGAAACCCAGGGGCAAGAAGUGA